CAUUAAAUUCAAUCAAUAUUCAAAUUAUUAUUCAUUAUUAGAGUUUAAUAGUUUAUUAAUUUUAAUACCUGUUGUACACUAUUAAUAACUAUUACAUAUCUAGAUUAUAUUUAUUUAUUAUUGAAUAUAUAACCAUAAGUACAUUUCCUUUCAUAAAAUUGUGUACAAAUUUAUUCAUUAAUUAUGGUCUCCGCUUCAGAAGAAUCCAUCAACCGUAUAGGAACAGUAUUAGCUAACACAAAGUUACCAAUGAAAGAACGAUUCAGAGCACUAUUUACACUUAAAAACUUGGGUGGAAAUAUAGCCAUUGAUAAUAUAGCUAAGUGUUUCAAUGAUGAUUCAUGUUUGCUAAAGCAUGAGUUGGCAUACUGCUUAGGACAAAUGAGAGACGAAUAUGCUAUUCCUUACUUAAUUGAAGUACUGAAAAAUGACAAACAAGAGCCUAUGGUUCGACACGAAGCAGCUGAAGCAUUGGGAGCAAUUGGUAAAGAAAAUGUUAUACCAAUUUUGGAAGAAUAUAAAAAUGAUCCUGUGGUAGAACUAGCUGAAACCUGUCAAUUGGCUUUAGGACGACUUUUACUACCUAAAAAUGAAGCAAACAUUGAAAAUAUUUAUGGAUCUGUAGAUCCAGCUCCUCCUUCUGAAAUAAAAAGCGUAGAAGAACUCGAAAAAAUACUUACUAAUGAAAAUGAAAGCCUCUUUAAUAGGUAUAAAGCAAUGUUUUCAUUACGAGACAUUGCAUCAUCUGAAAGUAUCACUAUUCUUUCUAAAGCGUUAUCUUGUGGAAGUGCAUUGUUUAAACAUGAAAUAGCAUUUGUUUUGGGACAAUUACAAUCACCACUUAGUGUACCAUAUCUAAAAGAAUCAUUAAUAGAUGAAAAUCAAAAUGAUAUGGUCCGACACGAAUGUGCAGAAGCAUUAGGUGCAAUUGCUACAGAUGACUGCUAUGAUAUAUUAAAACAGUAUAUGAAUGACCAGAAGGUAGUCGUCAAGGAAAGUUGUGAAGUCGCAUUGGAUAUGUGUGAAUAUGAAAACUGUCCUGAUUUUCAAUAUGCAGAUACUCUUGAAAAAGUCACCUUAUAAGUUGGUAUUUUAUGUUGCUUUACAAAAUGCUUAAAUUUUGAAUUUACAAUAAAUAUAAAAAGAUAAUGUUAAA